AUGGCUGAAAGUGGUCAAUCAUCGAAUUCCACCAAUUCCACCAAUUCCACGGACUAUUUGACGAUCGAGGAGCUGGUGCUCGAGUUCACCCCAUCGCAAACCGACAUUUUGGUGGCCAUCAUCUAUUUUGGGAUCGUUUUAUCAACGAAUCGCUUUUACGCUGUCGCUUUCAUGGGCAUUUACUACAAAAAGACCCUGCAACUACGGUAUAUACAGAUGAUCAUUGUACCCAUUUUGCCUGUGACACUGAUGACAAUUGGCACAUUUAUCCGUAUGGAAAAGAUUUUGAGGCCU